AUGACUACCGCACCACAUAUGCCGGCCAAGGCGCACAGCUCCGAUAAUAUGCACCAUCGGCCAAGAGGCAUCCUCAAGAACUCCAACUCCUUCCAAGGCGCCUCCGCUCCAAUGGCAGCCACCUCCCCACUCUCCAUUCCAACCAUCACCGAGCCCGAGGAGACCAAGGAACUCACUAUCCUAAACACCCUGCAGAACGCAGGUCGUCGGCGAUCCUCAUCCACUACCAACCCGGGCUCUAACUCGCGCCGACAGUCGUCUGCCAGCACCCAUGACGAAAAUGAACCCCGUCUAAAGUGGGACGAAGCAAACCUGUACCUGACUGAGCAGGAGAAGACUGCGAAGAUGAAGAUCGACGAGCCUAAGACUCCUUACGCCCCUCACUACGACCCCAGCGAGGAUGAUGAGCUGAUGCGGCUCGACGAUGCACAGCAAAGCCUAAUCGAUGCGCAGGGCAUUAUUGUCGAUGAGCUGGAUUCGGCCAAACCCACCCAACACCUAAAGGCCGUGUCAGAGGAUGAAAUUCCUGAGCUGGAGCUCGGUGAACCGGAGGAAACCAUGCAGGACGUUCCUUUCGAUGACGCUCGUGUUUUCCGUGACCGUAGCAUGAGCAUGGACUCGCACAAGAGCGAGAAGCAUGUUCAUGUAGGUAUGGAGGAUACGAAUGGUGCCCAAGCGCCUGCUCAUGAUCCGCUCUUGACGACUGAAGAGGCCCGCGCGAAGCACGCUCAUUUCGAGCAGCAGCGCAAGAGGCACUAUGAGAUGAGGAAUAUCAAGGAGCUACUUGCCCAUCCCGAAGAUUUGGAUGAGGAAAUGGAAGAUCACGACGGAUCGGAGCCUAAUCCCCCGCCGUCUAUGCCUAACAUGCCUGAGCGGUUCCGCAACAACGGACAAUAG